GGCCGUGUUGCGGUGCUGCGGCGGCGAUCGUCACAGAGCUCCCGCACCGCGACUGGCGACUUCGACGGGAACCACGACCGCAAAAAAGGUCGUUGACGCCGCCGCCGCCGCAGAGGACUUCGCUGAGCAGCGGACUCGGAAUGAACCACUAAAGUGAUCAGCAGCAGCAGCAGAUCAUCAUGAACCGAUUCGCGCGCUUAGACGUGGCAAGCAGACGAUGGCACGUUUUGAGGCUGCAGCGAAUGAACUACUCGGGGGGAUUCUCCAAAGAUCUUGUAGAUGCAGCUUCUAAAGAGGACCAAAGGCUCUCCACACUCGUCAAUGCAUACAGGAAGCAUGGCCAUAAAAUUGCAAAAAUCAAUCCCAUCGCCUCGACACCUUCAACACAGUAUGUCAAGGACCUCGAACUGCAAACACACAGGCUCACUCCUACAGAAACUGUAUGUGGACAAAAAGUCGAAAGUAUCACGGAAAACAUGAGGGCCGCUUACUGUGGUCCGCUUGGCUUGGAGUUCAUGCACAUGGAAGAGGAGAAAAGAACUUGGUUUGCAGAUCGUUAUGAAAGUCUCAUUGGUCAAGGAAGACCACCUAUUGAAAGGCGCAAGAAAAUGGCAGAGAUCUUGCUGAAGUCGCAGGUGUUCGAUAAUUUCUUGGCAGCGAAGUUUUCAACCGUAAAAAGGUACGGAGGAGAAGGCGCCGAAAGCAUGAUGACUUUCUUCUACGAGCUGUUCUGCCAAGCGCCAAAAACUGGAGUAACGGACAUUGUUGUGGGAAUGCCUCAUAGGGGUCGGCUUAACCUGCUCACUGGACUACUGGACUUCCCACCAGUGCAAGUAUUCCAGAAGAUGAAAGGCAUGCCCGAGGUUCCUGCUGGCAUCAAGGGUUCCGGAGACGUACUGUCGCACCUGAGCACAUCAGUGGAUCUUCAAGGUUACCCUGGUCCCUUGCACGCUACUCUGUUGCCAAACCCAUCACAUUUGGAGGGUGUGAGUCCCGUGGCAGUGGGAAAAACACGAGCCCGCAUGCAAAGCUUAGAUCCUGUGAAGUACUCCCAGUCCAGGAGUGCCUGGGGCGGCAAAUUUCCAGCACUGGCAGUCCAGAUCCACGGCGACGCAUCGUUUGCCGCCCAGGGCGUCAUCAUGGAAACUGUGGCCAUGUCACGACUUCCAGGGUUUACCGUGGGUGGCUCCGUCCACUUAGUGGUCAACAACCAGAUUGGAUUCACCACACCAGCCUCGUACGGCAGGUCUUCACCUUAUGUCAGUGAUGUCAUGAAGAUGAUUGACGCUCCAGUAAUACAUGUAAAUGGAGAUGAUCCAGAGGCUGUGGCCUUAGCAACUCAGCUGGCCUUGGAGUUUCGAGAGAAGUUUAAUGACGACGUCCUUCUAGACAUGCUCUGCUUCCGGCGCUGGGGUCACAACGAGAUGGAUGACCCCACAUUCACUAACCCUCUUAUGUAUGACAUGAUCCAUGCCAGGGACAGUGUUCCAAAUGACUAUGCAAAGCAGCUACAGGACGAGGGAAGCCUCGAUGCUGCCGAAAGACAGAAAAUUGUGGCCGACCACAUGGAAUUCCUGGGUGAACAGUUCAAGCUCAUUGAAAGCCACACUCCACUGUUCAGCCGAUUUCAAGGCAGGUGGAGUGGCAUCUCUCAAGCUCCUUCGGCCAUCACCUAUUGGGACACGGGUGUCGACUCAAAUGUGCUGAAGUACGUGGGUGGCAAGUCAGUGCAAGUGCCUCGUGGAGUGACCGUUCAUCCUCACCUAGUCAAACAUCAUGUCAGUGAUCGGCUUCGCAAAGUCGAACAGGGCCAAGGCAUUGAGUGGGCCACAGCAGAAGCACUUGCUCUGGGCUCCUUGUUAUACCAGGGCUUCAACGUUCGCAUCUGUGGCCAGGACGUCGGCCGUGGCACGUUCAGCCAGCGACAUGCCAUCCUGGUUGACCGCAACACCGAGCAACACAUCGUUCCCCUCAACCACCUGGGCUUACCGCCUGAAUGGGGUCGACAGGGAUACUUUGAGGUUGUGAACAGUCCCCUGUCAGAGGAGGCAGUGCUUUCCUUCGAGUACGGCUUCAGUCUGGAAACCCCGAAGACCCUGGUGAUAUGGGAAGCCCAGUUCGGUGACUUCCACAACAGCGCUCAAGUGGUCAUCGACACAUUCGUUACAUCCGGUGAAGCCAAGUGGUUCCUGCAGAGUGGGAUGGUUGUUUUGCUGCCGCACGGCUUUGAUGGAGCUGGUCCUGAGCACUCGUCCUGUCGCAUUGAAAGGUUCUUGCAGAUGACCGACAGUAAGGAAGAUGCUGUGGACGGUGACGACAUCAACUUUGGCUUUGUGAAUCCCACAACACCAGCUCAAUAUUUCCACCUUCUGAGGAGACAGACGGUGAGGAACUUCCGCAAGCCCCUGGUGAUGGCUUCUCCGAAGAUUCUGCUGCGUCACCCCGAAGCCACCUCCACCCUGGAGGACAUGGCACCCGGAAAGACGUUUGCACCCGUCCUCUCAGACCCGGAGCCCAGGCUAAAUGCCUCCAGAGUGCUGCUGUGCAGCGGCAAGCACUACUACGCACUGGCCAAGCAACGGACUGAACUAGGCAGGGACCAGGACACCGCUAUCAUUCGGCUGGAGGCUCUGUGUCCUUUCCCAGCUAAGGAACUCGCAGAUGAGCUUUCUAAAUACACUCAGGCCAAAGAGUUCGUUUGGUGCCAAGAGGAACACAGAAACAUGGGAGCAUGGUUCUUCGUUCAACCACGUUUCCAGAACCUUCUAGGGAGACAGCUCAAGUAUGCUGGCCGCACAAACUUGGGUGUCCCUGCGGUCGGCGUGGGUCAAGUACACCAAAAAGAGUGCCAGGAAAUCUUACAGAGGGCUUUCGCCAGCUGAUGCGGUCGAAGCUUAGUGCCGUGCUCGACAUGUGCUGCAUUAAGUUUCAACUGAACUCUCGUGACAUUGCGCGAUCUUGCAUUCUUCGUGGACAUUCCGAGCACCAAGUGCCUCAAUUCCCCGUGCAGCUGUGUUUUAAAUAUUUUUAAUAUUUUUUUAAUAUACAAGAUAGCAAUGUGCAAGUAUUCCUGCUUUUUCUUCUCCUGAGAAGAACGACGUCCGGUAAAUCAGUACAAAGUUCACGCUCAGUUACCUUGCAGCUUUCAAAGAAUCACUGUGCCUUUAGAGCGUGCCGUUUUAUCUCGCGACUUUGUGUGCGCAGUGUUUUGACGUGAAGCCUGCACACUGUGCAAUAAAAAAACAAUCAAAAAUGAAAAUGUGCUGUAAAUCAGUACAAAGUUGGCCCUAAUCACCUCACAGCUUUCAAAGAAUCUGACUUUUGAGUGUGCGAUUUUAUCGCAUGAUCAUGUGCAGGCAGUUUAAUUGAUGUGAAGCUUUGUGCAAUAAAAGGCAAUAAAAGAUGUAAUGUCUCGCACAUCAGUACAAAGUUUGCCAAACUUCCAAGUUUGUACUCUUUAUGCAACUUUAGCGUGCCAUUUCAUAUCAUGGCUACGCACAUGUUGGCAGUGCUUAUCAUGAAACGCUCGCAUUAUGCAACAAAAAGAAAACAAAAUGAAAACAUCUGAUAAAUCAGUACAAAGUUCGCCCCUGUUAUGUUGCAGCUUUCAGCGACUUGCUGUGCCUUUAGAGUGUGCCAUUUUAUCUCGUGACCAGUGUUUUACGUGAAAGCUGUGAAUUGCACUAAUAAAAAGCUUCGUGAAUGUUC